CACCAGAGUCAGCAAAGACUCUUUCCUAUUAGAGAGCAAAAUUCUAUCUACAGUUAACGAUCUACAUCGUACGUCUACUACUCUAGAAAUUUUUAUAAACUUUGUCGUCUUCUAAUCAUGGGCUUUUUCUUAAAAUUUCUGAUUAUCUUUUCUGCUUUGGCAAAAGGUAAAUAUUGAUAUUACUAUUUUAACAAAGUUUAGGCAUUUCAUUUUUUACUCAAUCCUUAGAAAAGUAAAUCAUAGUGUUGUCAUUUUAUUGUCUUUUUCUGUAAUACGUAAGUUUAGGCUACAAUCUACAUUGAUGACGCUUUGAUAUGCACUUGAAUGUUUUUGUUAAAACAAGGAAAUUGUUAGAUUAGAUUUCCUAGACAAGGAGAUUAAAAAUUUUUGACUCUUGCUGGUAUAUUUAUUCCUAAACAAAUAUAUUUGAACCCAACAUAUUCAUGGAUAUAUGUCUCUCACAUGAGAGCAUAAGAAAUAUCCAUCUUUACAAUUUUAUAACAUCAAAUAACAUUAUUAUUUUUGUAAUUAACUUUUUAUCCGUAAAGUACUUAUGUACUGCAUUUUUAUGUAUGUGCAAAUCUUUUAUAUGUUAGAUUAAUUGCGUUGAUUUUCUUAAGAGUUCCUUGACAUGGGAGCAACUAACUUGGAUUUUUCUUAAUACUAAAGUAUCAACAAUCUUUGGAAUCAAAACUGCUGCAAAGUGAGGUAUUCUGACUGUUGUGGCCGUGACUUAAAUAUGAAUAUUAAUCUUUCAAUUAAUAUAUAAUAAUUAAGCAAUAAGUAACAACAUUAAUAUUUUUUAUAGUUCAUGGUAUUAUGGUCAAAUAUGUGGAUAGAAAAUACACAAAACGUUGUAAUAUUAAAUGUAUAUUUAAUAUAACUAUAAUAAAUAAACAGAUGCUAGCAGAAUGGCUAUUACAGUUGCUAAAUGUUAUAAUGGUUUCACAUACAAUACAAAACAUGAAUAAACUUACACAGGCCCAAGCCUGUGGAGCUGGGGCCAUCAUCAAAUCUAUAGAUCUCUUGGCGCAUCUGAAAAGUGCAAGCUCUAAGAUCAUCCUGUGUGGACAAAAGAUUUUUUUUUUUACAAACUUUUACAAAUUGCCCGAUCUUUUUUGUUGGCAUAUACACUAAGCACAUAGACUGUAAAACUGUUGUAACAGGCAGUGUAACCUCCGUACUUGCCAGAGAUCCAAUUCAUCUGCUAAAUCUCUAGCUACUGAGCAUUUAACUAAUGUAAACUCUGUGUCCUGGUUCGGGGUUACACUGUGCCACUAAGAAUGCCUAUAAAAUAAUUUAUCUUCUGAAAUUGCAACUUUGUUUCUUCUAUUCAUUCUGAUUUUUUUUUUUAGGGAACCCUAAAGUUAAACUUUUUUUUACCAAUGGGAAUAAUGGUAGAAUAUUACAAAAAGCUUAACAGGAUAAUUUACAUGAGAUAAGUCAAAGUGAAUUUAAAAUUUAAGGCCAGAGUGGUCCAACUGAAUGCACAGGUGACUUAGAUAAUAUUUCCUGUAGCACAGCUUACCUGUCGCUCCAUUAGCUCUGUCUGAGUGACAUCUGGGUGAUGUUUCAUGCCUCAAUGAUAUAAAUGCCAAUUUCUAUUAAAAAUGUCCCUUUCACAAACUGUCACGACAGAAUCCAGACACAUAAAGCAUGUCAGCAAGGUUUUAGGUCUGUGAAAUAUUCCAUUAAUGGGUACUGGCCAAAAUAACAGCUUUUUGCCAGUUUUGGGAAAGAAUGAGGAAGUUUCAGUAAAAAAUAUUAGAAUGCAAAUUCAUUCUUACAGGAUUUACCAGGGCCUUUAGGCCCUUUUGCUCUUGUGAUGUACCUAACCCACUGACCCACACUUUGUGUUUUGUUAGUCUUCGUCUUUGUUGUAAUAGUAAAAUGACAUAGUAUUUAAGGCAAAUGUAAGUGCUGGUAGAAAACUAUAUCUACUCAGCACCAGAGUCAGCAAAGACUAUUAGAGAGCAAAAUUCUAUCUACAGUUAACGAUCUACAUCGUACGUCUACUACUCUAGAAAUUUGUAUAAACUUUGUCGUCUUCUGAUCAUGGGCUUUUUCCUGAAAUUUCUGAUUAUCUUUCCUGCUUUGGCAAAAGGUAAAUAUUGAUAUUACUAUUUUAACAAAGUUUCGGCAUUUCAUUUUUUACUCAAACCUUAGAAAAGUAAAUCAUAGUGUUGUCAUUUUAUUGUCUUUUUCUGUAAUAGAUGAGUUUAGGAUACAAUCUGCAUUGAUGACGCUUUGAUAUGCACUUGAGUGUUGUUGUUAAAACAAGGAAAUUGUUACAUUAGAUUUCCUAGACAAGGAGAUUAACAUUUUUUUGACUCUUGCUGGUAUAUUUAUUCCUAAACAAAUGGAACCCAACAUAUUCAUGGAUAUAUGUUUAUCAUAUGAGAGUAUAAGAAAUAUCCAUCCUUACAAUAUUAUAAUAUCAAAUAACAUUAUUAUUUUUGUAAUUAACUUUUUAUCUGUAAAGUACUUAUAUACUGCUUUUUUUAUGUAUGUGCAAAUCUAUUAUAUGUUAGAUUAAUUGUGUUGAUUUUCUUGAGAGUUCCUUGACACGGGAGCAACUAACUUGGAUUUUUCUUAAUACUAAAGUAUCAACAAUCUUUGGAAUCAAAACUGCUGCAAAGUGAGGUAUUCUGACUGUUGUGGCCGUGACUUAAAUAUGAAUAUUAAUCUUUUAAUUAAUAUAUAAUAAUUAAGCAAUAAGUAACAACAUUAAUAUUUUUUAUAGUUCAUGGUAUUAUGGUCAAAUAUGUGGAUAGAAAAAACACAAAACAUUGUAAUAUUAAAUGUAUAUUUAAUAUAACUAUAAUAAAUAAACAGAUGCUAGCAGAAUGGCUUACAAAAGGCUAUAACAGUUGCUAAAUGUUAUAGCGGUUUCACAUACAAUACAAAACAUGAAUAAACUUACACAGGCCCAAGCCUGUGGAGCUGGGGCCAUCAUCAAAUCUAUAGAUCUCUUGGCGCAUCUGAAAAGUGCAAGCUCUAAGAUCAUCCUGUGUGGACAAAAGAUUUUUUUUUUUUACAAACUUUUACAAAUUGCCCGAUCUUUUUUGUUGGCAUAUACACUAAGCACAUAGACUGUAAAACUGUUGUAACAGGCAGUGUAACCUCCGUACUUGCCAGAGAUCCAAUUCAUCUGCUAAAUCUCUAGCUACUGAGCAUUUAACUAAUGUAAACUCUGUGUCCUGGUUCGGGGUUACACUGUGCCAUUAAGAAUGCCUAUACAAUAAUUUAUCUUCUGAAAUUGCAACUUUGUUUCUUCUAUUCAUUCUGAUUUUUUUUAGGGAACCCUAAAGUUAAACUUUUUUUUACCAAUGGGAAUAAUGGUAGAAUAUUACAAAAAGCUUAACAGGAUCAUUUACAUGAGAUAAGUCAAAGUGAAUUUAAAAUUUAAGGCCAGAGUGGUCCAACUGAAUGCACAGGUGACUUAGAUAAUAUUUCCAGUAGCACAGCUUACCUGUCGCUCCAUUAGCUCUGUCUGAGUGACAUCUGGGUGAUGUUUCAUGCCUCAAUGAUAUAAAUGCCAAUUUCUAUUAAGAAUGUCCCUUUCACAAACUGUCACAACAGAAUCCAGACACAUAAAGCAUGUCAGCAAGGUUUUAGGUCUGUAAAACAUUCCAUUAAUGGGUAUUGGCCAAAAUAACAUCUUUUUACCAGUUUUGGGAAAGAAUGAGGAAGUUUCAGUAAAAAAUAUUAGAAUGCAAAUUCAUUCUUACAGGAUUUAACAGGGCCUUUAGGCCCUUUUGCUCUUGUGAUGUACCUAACCCAUUGACCCACACUUCGUGUUUGUUCUUCUUUUUUUAUGUCAAUCAAAUUUUGUAAUAGUAAAAUGACAUAGUAUAUAAGACAAAUGUAAGUGCUGGUAGAAAACUAUAUCUACUCAGCACCAGAGUCAGGGCAAAGACUCUUUCCUAUUAGAGAGCAAAAUUCUAUCUACAGUUAACGAUCUACAUCGUACGUCUACUACUCUAGAAAUUUGUAUAAACUUUGUCGUCUUCUGAUGAUGGGCUUUUUCCUGAAAUUUCUGAUUAUCUUUCCUGCUUUGGCAAAAGGUAAAUAUUGAUAUUACUAUUUUAACAAAGUUUCGGCAUUUCAUUUUUUACUCAAACCUUAGAAAAGUAAAUCAUAGUGUUGUCAUUUUAUUGUCUUUUUCUGUAAUAGGUGAGUUUAGGAUACAAUCUGCAUUGAUGACGCUUUGAUAUGCACUUGAGUGUUGUUGUUAAAACAAGGAAAUUGUUACAUUAGAUUUCCUAGACAAGGAGAUUAACAUUUUUUUGACUCUUGCUGGUAUAUUUAUUCCUAAACAAAUGGAACCCAACAUAUUCAUGGAUAUAUGUUUAUCAUAUGAGAGUAUAAGAAAUAUCCAUCCUUACAAUAUUAUAAUAUCAAAUAACAUUAUUAUUUUUGUAAUUAACUUUUUAUCUGUAAAGUACUUAUAUACUGCUUUUUUAUGUAUGUGCAAAUCUAUUAUAUGUUAGAUUAAUUGUGUUGAUUUUCUUGAGAGUUCCUUGACAUGGGAGCAACUAACUUGGAUUUUUCUUAAUACUAAAGUAUCAACAAUCUUUGGAAUCAAAACUGCUGCAAAGUGAGGUAUUCUGACUGUUGUGGCCGUGACUUAAAUAUGAAUAUUAAUCUUUUAAUUAAUAUAUAAUAAUUAAGCAAUAAGUAACAACAUUAAUAUUUUUUAUAGUUCAUGGUAUUAUGGUCAAAUAUGUGGAUAGAAAAAACACAAAACGUUGUAAUAUUAAAUGUAUAUUUAAUAUAACUAUAAUAAAUAAACAGAUGCUAGCAGAAUGGCUAUUACAGUUGCUAAAUGUUAUAAUGGUUUCACAUACAAUACAAAACAUGAAUAAACUUACACAGGCCCAAGCCUGUGGAGCUGGGGCCAUCAUCAAAUCUAUAGAUCUCUUGGCGCAUCUGAAAAGUGCAAGCUCUAAGAUCAUCCUGUGUGGACAAAAGAUUUAUUUUUUUACAAACUUUUACAAAUUGCCCGAUCUUUUUUGUUGGCAUAUACACUAAGCACAUAGACUGUAAAACUGUUGUAACAGGCAGUGUAACCUCCGUACUUGCCAGAGAUCCAAUUCAUCUGCUAAAUCUCUAGCUACUGAGCAUUUAACUAAUGUAAACUCUGUGUCCUGGUUCGGGGUUACACUGUGCCAUUAAGAAUGCCUAUACAAUAAUUUAUCUUCUGAAAUUGCAACUUUGUUUCUUCUAUUCAUUCUGAUUUUUUUUUAGGGAACCCUAAAGUUAAACUUUUUUUCACCAAUGGGAAUAAUGGUAGAAUAUUACGAAAAGCUUAACAGGAUAAUUUACAUGAGAUAAGUCAAAGUGAAUUUAAAAUUUAAGGCCAGAGUGGUCCAACUGAAUGCACAGGUGACUUAGAUAAUAUUUCCUGUAGCACAGCUUACCUGUCGCUCCAUUAGCUCUGUCUGAGUGACAUCUGGGUGAUGUUUCAUCCCUCGAUGAUAUAAAUGCCAAUUUCUAUUAAGAAUGUCCCUUUCACAAACUGUCACGACAGAAUCCAGACACAUAAAGCAUGUCAGCAAGGUUUUAGGUCUGUAAAAUAUUCCAUUAAUGGGUAUUGGCCAAAAUAACAGCUUUUUACCAGUUUUGGGAAAGAAUGAGGAAGUUUCAGUAAAAAAUAUUAGAAUGCAAAUUCAUUCUUACAGGAUUUAACAGUGCCUCUUGUGAUGUACCUAACCCAUUGACCCACCCUUUGUGUUUUGUUCUUCUUUUUUUAUGUCAAUCAAAUUUUGUAAUAGUAAAAUGACAUAGUAUAUAAGACAAAUGUAAGUGCUGGUAGAAAACUAUAUCUACUCAGCACCAGAGUCAGCAAAGACUCUUUCCUGUUAGAGAGCAAAAUUCUAUCUACAGUUAACGAUCUACAUCGUACGUCUACUACUCUAGAAAUUUGUAUAAACUUUGUCGUCUUCUGAUAAUGGGCUUUUUCUUAAAAUUUCUGAUUAUCUUUCCUGCUUUGGCAAAAGGUAAAUAUUGAUAUUACUAUUUUAACAAAGUUUAGGCAUUUCAUUUUUUACUCAAACCUUAGAAAAGUAAAUCAUAGUGUUGUCAUUUUAUUGUCUUUUUCUGUAAUAGGUGAGUUUAGGAUACAAUCUGCAUUGAUGACGCUUUGAUAUGCACUUGAGUGUUGUUGUUAAAACAAGGAAAUUGUUAGAUUGGAUUUCCUAGACAAGGAGAUUAACAUUUGUUUGACUCUUGCUGGUAUAUUUAUUCCUAAACAAAUGGAACCCAACAUAUUCAUGGAUAUAUGUUUAUCAUAUGAGAGUAUAAGAAAUAUCCAUCCUUACAAUAUUAUAAUAUCAAAUAACAUUAUUAUUUUUGUAAUUAACUUUUUAUCUGUAAAGUACUUAUAUACUGCUUUUUUAUGUAUGCGCAAAUCUAUUAUAUGUUAUAGUUAUUGCAUUUUCAUUUCGUUUAGUUUAUGUAUUUGCUUCUGUUAUCAUAUAAGCCGUUCUUUAAUUCUUUUUAUCAUUUAUACUUUUCUUAGAGUGCGUAUUUGGCUAUCCUAAAAAAAAAAAUUAUUUGUUUGUCCCGCGACAGAUAUGCAUAUGACUAUUUCAAAAAUAUCAUGCUCUCAAAAAUAUCAUGCUCUCAAGCUUUUUAUAUUUUUCUUAAUGAUUUUUAAUGAUUCAGCUUAUCUUACAUGCAUAUUUUACAUGCUAUGCAAAGUGUUUAGCAUUUCUUGUUAUGUUUGUCCUUAUAUAAACUGCGAAAUACCAAGGUGUCAAAGGGCCAUGUUUUUGAGUGGGGAGAAACAACAGAAUAUUUGAAAAACUUCACAACAUGAAAGAGAAAUGCAUCACACAUUUACAAAACCAAUAAUAAUUGAAAACAUAAACAAUUUGCAUAUCAGACUGAUCUCACCCUAAAGAGCGGUCCAGAUAUGGAAUUCUGUCUGGCUCCCUCUACCCAAGAAAUAUAAACCUCCAAAUAAUUGUUUCAGCGAUGAUAGUCUUUGUGAGUGAGGCAUAACUUAUACCCUCUUAGACACAGUGAGCAAGGCUUUCACAUAUGGAUUACCCUUGUAUUGUUUUAUACCCCUCCUCCUAUAGACUGUUAGCUUGUUUGAGCAGAUUCCUCUUCAAUCUAUCGUUCCUGUAAAUCUUUUUGUAAUUGUCCUAUUUAUAGUUAAAUCUCCCCCUCUAAUAAUAUUGUAAAGUGGUACAGAAUCUGUUGCCAAUAUAUAAAUGCCAAUAAUAAUAAUAAUAAUAAUAAUAAUAAUAACCAUAAGGAAGACCCAAUGCAAUUUAACAAAAAACCUGAUUCCAUGUCUCCUAAUGUUUGGAGCUACGUAAUUCCUAUUAAUCUUGGGCAGAUUGGACAUGCCCCAGUGUUGUCCUGAGAUUAUGGGUCCUAAGACUGCAAAGGGCAGUAGUUCCAAGCACCUUGAAACUGUAAAUGACCAAUUCCCAAAAAAGUAACUAAAACUCUCACCCAAAAGGCUCCAAAACUCACCUAUGCACGUAUAAUCUGGCACUUUCUUGGUCAAGGCAACAUAAGAGAUGGGAGAUUUUAAUAAGAAUAUAUUGUAACAAGUUAUAAUGUUGUUUAUUGUGUAUAUUUUAUACAUGCAUCUUAUGAUAUGACACAUGUAUAUCUGUUCUAGUGGCUUCCAGUCUUCAAUGUGUAUCAUGUACAGGAACUGGUGUCACAACCUGCACAGGGACCAGUGUGACUUGCCCAUCUGGUUACUUCUGUGCAUCUGCUUAUAUGAUGUCCAACAUUUCAGGUAAGUGUAUUUGCCAGUUAACUCUGAAGGUCAAUGCAAUGUAUUAGUUUCAUGUUCAUUCACUAAGCCAUAUAGGACAUUUUAACCAUUUUUUUGCUAUUUACAACUGCAAACAGCCACAAAAUGUCACUGAAAAACUGUUUUACGUUUUAAUCCUUUCAGCUGAAAAUCUCUGCAAGGUAUCAAAACAAAACGUAGUACACUCCCCAUGAGUCUAGAUUUCUCAAUAGGGGAAAUACUGUCACAUUGAAGGAUGAGAAAAACUAAAAAUGUGAUCCACACCUUAGAAGUGUAGAUCGCUGUAAGGAAACUAAGUAAAUAACUUACUUUAUUUAUUUCAAGAAUGCAAAACAUCAGAGAAUAUGAAUGCUGUAUAGAUUACUAAUUGGCUUGAGGGGAUGCAGAUACAUUGUUGAAGCCCUGUAGAACACUGAGAUCUUGAAAGAGCGUCACCUCCCUUUCAGAUCUAAGUUUAGUUCUCUUUCCUGGUACAUUCUUGAUUAAAAAAAAAGUGUAAUAGGUUACUAUGAUGGUGGCAGUGGGAUUGUAGAACUAACUGAGGAUACGGUCCGAGGUAGCAGUUAAACAAAGAACACCUUGUGUUGAUGGCUAGGUGCUGAGUAUUUUAAUUUAAGCAUAAAUGCUGAGUUUUUAGAAGACGUUUAUCAGGGAACAUGUGAAUAUUAUCCUAGAUUUGUUUGCUAGGUAGCUUUUAACCUCUUAAAGACAAAUUACGGAAAUAUUCCGUCAUGAUUCCCUUUUAUUUCUGAAACUAUGUCCUUAAGGGGUGAAACUCUAAGCCGUAUAUUGUCGAUUUGCAACAAUCUGUCUACUAGUAACUGCUGUAAAGAAGAAACACUUGUAUACAGAAUGUAUCUGCAUCUUUCUGCAAGCCACUUGAGAAUUAUUGGGAAUCAGUAAAGCAUUCAUGCUUAAAGGAGCACUACUGUUUUAUUGUUUUAUGAUAUUUUGUGUUCUUGAAAUAAAUAAGCAAUUUCAAUAACCGUUUACACUUCCUCCCUAACACUUCCUGAAAAAAGAUCUAAUUUUUAAAUUCCCCUUACUGCUUAUUGUGUUUAAUUUAGAAUAUCUUAUCCCAUGUUUUGAGUCUGCUAGAGUCUCCCAUGUGUGAUUAAAGUUCAUUUAACAGAAUGAUAGAGAAGAAAACACACUGUGCUGUUAAAAUGAAAACAUUUUUUAAUAGAGGCUGUGCGAGUCAAAUGCAGGGAGGUGUGAAUAGGGCUGCAUUACCAAAGUGAUUUAGUUCCUAAACAUCAUUGAGACAGCAGGGGCAUGGUCUGUACACAAAAUCUGCUACAUUAAAAGAGCCCCCCACUGCCCAAAUUGUAAAAAUAGAUUUAAAAAAUCACUGUUUAGUAGAUAUAACCCAUAGCAUACAUGCAUGCAUUUUUCAUACAUGUAUUCACUGGGUGUAUAUCUUUAAAGAGCUUGGUAAGGCUUCAGAUCUUAUGAAAUAAAGCCUUAGCAAGCCCUCCCUUUUUUACCCAGAAGAGACUUGCAGUCUCUUCACAGGGAAAUCAAAUAACCAAUCAGAUGCUUCUCAAAGAGAGACUCUCAAUUGGUACCCAUGUGCACUCGUACACCAUUGUGUGUGCAUGCGUUGGCUUGUCUGGUCUCAGGUCUGUGGAGCUGGACUGAGGUCUGUGAGGGGGAGGCAGGCAUGCUCAAGAAAAGCAUGCCUGCCACUUCCGUUGGCUCAGGGGAUCUAACGGAAGGAAUCUGCAUACCUCCAUGACUGUUUGAUUGACAGCCAGGGGUGUUGCCUAUUUCAUUUAUAAAAGUGCUGAUUGCUUACAGAAUUCAGCACUUUUAUAAAUUAGGGUUAAACUAGGAUACACUUCACCCAUAACGGGUGUCGAGUGGUCCUUUAAGCUAAAGUUGCUUUGGAGCUCCGAGUGUUUAUGUUUUUAAUAACAGUUUUCUUAUAGUGAUUUACACCAUCAUGGUGUAGAUCACAUUUUGUUUUUCUUAGCACUUACUCUAGGGAAGUAGAUCCAAUGUCUGGGUUCAGUUAAACUCAAAAGCGUGUGAUCACGUGUGAUCCGCAAUGUGUGAUCUUGGAUAUUUAAACUGACUUCCGAUUAUAACUGAUUUUAGAGACUUAGUGUAGUUUAUACAAUUACCAUGUUUCAUGGAAUAUACAAAGCCACAAAAUUAGAUGCACACAACGUAAUUUGCAAUAUUACAUUUGUAAAUGUGUUUGCCAAAUAAUAUUCCUUUUGCUACUUAUAUUUUCAUGCGGUUUAUUAGUAAAAUAACCAAAGGGGUGUGUGUGUUUUUUGGGCAUUCUAUGGCUAGACAGUAGACUUCUUUACUGAAAAGAAACAGUUAAAAAGUGUAAAACAGAAGCAACCUACUCCUUCCUCUUUCCUUGCUACUUGCCUUUCAGGUGAGUCUAUUCUAAUUAUAAUAAAUUUCAGCCAUUUUUUGUAUUGCAUUCACCACUCUAAUUUUGGCGGCCACGACUCUUUGUUCUAGCAUUUCAACUCACAAUCAGUCAUACACGAUUUUGCUCAGUACUUUUCCAUAUUGUGGGUGAUGACCACUUAUCUAUCUUACCUAAUAUUGGGUAACCCCAUUUAUAUUCAGUUUGGGUGACACCAAACUGUAACUGGGUAAACCCUCCUUAUAAUUGGGUAACCCCCCAAUUUGGAUAUGUGCAUUUAUUAUUUUUCAGAUCCUUUUUUUUUUUAUAAUUUCAUGAAUUACAUUUGUGUUUACAUCUGUGUUUUAUUUCCUUUCGGAGAGUCUCUGAUAUGAGAGUAUGUGAUUUCCACGCUGUCGUCUUUACAAAGUAAGGUGUACAUUUUUCCAUCACCCAUUGCUCAAAAGCUCUUUUCUCUUCAGUGUGCUAUCUGUAUUUUCCGGACAGACCUUUUCUCUGUGUGGCUCAUUGUUUACAACAGUACAUCACUCUUACUACUCCCCUUCACUCCUUCAGAACCCCUCUUUGUCUCUUAUGUAUGUUCUCAAUGUUGAUUUUCAUGUCACACUAUUGCUUGCUGAAUUAAAUGACUUAUCGAUCUUGCUGGAAUUGAUGAUUCCUUCGGAGCACAUUCUAUUCAUGGUGCAGCAGCUUCUUCUGCCCUCCUCGCAGGGAGCUCCCUUUCUGACAUCUUGUCCUCAGCUGAUUGGUGUAUGUUAUCUACUUUCUGUACUUUUUAUUUUUGACCUUCUUCUCACUCAUCAUUUUCCUAUCAUUUCCAGGCAUUAAAACAGCAAACAUGAAGCAUCCUGUCUUGCCAUAAAAUUAGGGAUUAUUCUAGCUUUAGUGACCGAAUAAUCCAAAUUUUAUUAAAGACAGGAGGUGGAUAUUUUCCCACCCUUUGUAUUUUUUUUCUACCCUCUGAUUUUUGGUUUUCAUUAUUUUCUUGUUUAUAUCAUUUUAGUAUCUUUACUAUUGGUUAUUCUGGUUAUGAUAUAGCAUUUUAGCAUUAUAGAAUCAUCCAUAACUAGGUCUUCCAUUAUAACAGUGUGCUUUCGUGUACAACCGAAUUUGGGUCCCAAUUUGGAAUUCACCGGACCGAAUACAGCACACAAAAAUGAAAUCAAGAGUUCAAAUAAAGAGGUCAGGUAUUUCCCAUGAAUCAUAUGCAAUUCUAAAUCGCAUGGACCAAUGGGAAAUAAGACCUACCUAUAAAUACUUACCUCUCCCAUUCCUUGUUGCCCUGUUGUGGUUCUUGGUAGCCAUUUAGCGUGUUUCUGUACAUUGUUUCUGGUUAAUAGUAAUAUUCUGGUUUACCGCUUUUCCUGUCUUCUGUAACCCUUUGACUUUGGCUUUCCUUAUCAAUUGUCCUGUAUUCUGUAUCCCUUUGACCUCUCACAUACUCUGUAAUUCUGUUAGUUCAGCCACUAUAAGGACCGGUAUACAGAAAGUCUGUUUGUGGUGAUUUGUACUGUGUGUUUUGGCUCCACCGAACCCUGACAGAACCAUACUUUCACAAUAUUUUUCUCUUCCUUUUUAGAGUGAAGAAUCUUCUCCACCAUCAGGGCCUUUAUAUUGUUCUGCUAGUGUGUUAAUUUAAUCAAUUUCCUUGUUUACAUAGUUGUCUACAUAUGGUGUAGCUGCAUCAAGAAAGAGGAAGUGGGAAGAAUCUCAAAGCCCUAUAUAACUCAUACAUGAAUUCUGAUUGGUUGAUUCAGUUUUACACAUUUUACGUUUUUCUUUGCUGCUGCGAGGUUUUCAGUAAAGAUGGUUAACUAAAUUUUCACCUUCUGUCUGUAAUAAAAAUUUUGAUUAUUCAGUCAGUAAAGCUAGAACAAUUCUUAAUUUUUGACUUCUGUUUCUAAUAACAAUGUUAUUGUCCUCUAAUUUCCACAGGUACAUCAGUUGUAGAGACAAUCAGAUCGUGUCAACCAGCUGAAAAGUGUAAUAAAAUGGGUAUUGUUGCUAAUACUGCUUUAAACAUUGGUUUCCUUGUGACCUGCUGUUCUACCGAUGACUGUACUCCAACUAUACCCACCAGUAAGUAUCUUGAUAAUUAAACUAAAAAUAGCCUCAUUAACGAACAGGUCCUUUGCAAACCACCUAUAAUAAUUAAAAAACAUUGGGCAUUAUAUCACUUUGAUGCUACUAACUAUUUUAACAUAAAGGCCAACAUACUAGAGAAUUCUUAACUAUAGUGAGGGGCUGCAUGCUCUCAUUCUGCUUACCUUAGUUUUAAACUAAUUUUCUGAACUCUAUAUAUGUUCAGCAAAAGGAAAUACACUUCUGGGUCUGCUUUAUUCUGUCUCAGUUCAGUUUACGUAUUGAUUGACAAUAUUUGGAGUAGAUGGGUAACACAUUAUUCCCUUAUACAGCAGGUAGUUGUCCUUCCAUUAAACCUGUAUACCACUGUCUAGAGUAGAAACACAGUUCAUAUGCUGACUGAGCAUUGUGGAAGCUGCAGUUUUGCCACAGCUAGGGAAAUUUACCAUCUGGCUAGCUCAAUUACAAGUUAUAAAGAAUAUUAACUAUGCUUACUUUGAUCUAGGAGCAUUGUGGGGACACAGGACUUUUUUUAACCCCUUGAGGACCGAUGGCGGUUUAGGACCAUCAUCGGAAACAUCCCCUUGAGGACCGGAGACGGUCUUGGGGUCUUGGGGUACUUACCUGAUUGCCAUCGUUCCCCCAGCUUAGAAUGAUUAUAUAUAUAUAUCUCUAUAUCUAUGUUAAAAUAAAUAAAUAAAAAUAAUAUGAAAUAUACAUAUGUCCAUAUACAUAAUUACAUAAAUAAUUUCAUAAAUAUACAUGUAGACUUCAAAUAUAUAAAUAUGUAUGUAUAUAUAUAUAUAUUUAAAUUCUACGUGCAUAUUUAUGUAAUAUUUUUACAUAAUUCAGUAAUUUUAUUGAUUGCAAUUUGAGGGACCUGCCUGCCAACCCAGGCCGAAAGUCCAGAGAAUUUAAUUUGCUAGCACUGUAUUUUACCCUGUAACGUUCUAUGACACCCUAAAACCUGUACACGGGGGGUACUGUUUUACUCGGGAGACUUCGCUGAACACAAAUAUUAGUCUUUUAAAACAGUAAAACAUAUCACAGCGAUGAUAUUGUCAGUGAAAGUGAAGUUUUUUGCACUUUUCACACACAAACAGCACUUUCACUGAUGAUAUUAUUGCUGUGAUACAUUUUACUGUUCUGAAACACUAAUAUUUGUGUUCAACGAAUUCUCCUUAGUAUAACAGUACCCCACAUGUAGAGGUUUUAUAGUGUUUUUGAAAGUUACAGGGUCAAAUAUAAGGCUUGAUUUUACUUUUUUUUUCAUUGAAAUUUGUCAGAUUGGUUAUGUUGCCUUUGAGAGCGUAUGGUAGCCCAAAAAUUAGAAUUACCCCCAUGAUGUCAUACCAUUUGCAAAAGAAGACAAGCCAAUGUAUUUCAAAUGGGGUAUGUUAAGCCUUUUUUAGUAGCCACUUAGUCACUUGUACUUAUAGCAUGUAAACACUGGGUGUUUUUAAACUCAGGACAACAUUUUGAAUCUAUUGAACAGUUUUUUUCAUUAGCUUUUGUAGAUAAGUAAAAGAGUUUUCAAGUAAAAGUCCAAAAACAUGUUUUUUUUUUUCAAUUUUUCACCAUAUUUUAUUAUUUUUUUUAAAGUAAAAUAUACGACAUUAUACAAAUAAUGGUAUGUAAAGAAAGCCCUUCUUGUCCUGAAAAAAACAAUAUAUAAUUUGUAUGGGAACCAUAAAUGAGAGAGUGGAAAAUUACAGCUAAACACAAACACCACAAAAGUGUUAAAACCGCUCUGGUCCUUAACGUACAACAUUGCCAAAACAGGCCGGUACUUAAGGGGUUAAUACUAGUAACCUUUGGAUUGAACAUCUGCUGGUGUCACUGCUGGUGUAAUCGAGGGAAGCUAAAUGAAUGCAUAAAAACAUACAUACACCAAACGGGCUUUUAGUUGCAUAAUGCCAGAUAAGGCAAAGAAAAAAUUAAUAAACAAAUAAUAGAAUAGUGCAAUAUGUCUUUUGAGAUAAAUAAAGGCACACUCACACUUCACGGAGAUUUGAAGAGCUCUGCUGUAUUUAGCAUGGAUGGUACAAUUCCCACCUCAGGAUAGAUAAUAAGCAGUCUUGUUGGUAUCUCUCAGUGGAAUAAUACAUAGAAACAAAAGUGGAGAUAUCCAAUGGUAUCUUAUAUAUGGAAGAUAACUAUAUUUAUUUGAAAUAACUAACUUUAUUACAAUAUUUGGCAUUUCCCUGUGUAUACUAUCUCUAUCUUACCCCCCACUGUUACUUUCUUACUAUUUUGAGUGUGAAGAUACAAUUCUGAUACAAUUACUAGUUUCUACAAGUAACAUUGAGGACAAUUCUGACUGCUCUAUUAAUUAUCGUCCUUCAAUAAUACUGAACCUACCCCUCUUUUUGAGACAUUUAGUAGACAUACCACUCUACACUUACCCUAGCAUUAAUAAAGGAUUUUCCCACAUGUAUCAGCAUUGGUUAUACGUGAGGGUAUUGUCUCUUAGAUUCCCUUUAUAUGUGUUGUUACCUAAUUUUAUUAGGUGUUAUUUUGAGAUUUCUUAACUUUAGUGGUAUGCUCUGAUUCAUAAGGGCUAUCCAACGCUUUUUGGUUCCUUCUCUUUGGAACAUUUUUUUUAACUUGCUAUUAGGGUCAGGCCCUUACAAGUUGGAUUAUUUAGUUUAGGAGACCUUAUUUUCUCUUUUUUCAUCUUCUACAUACCUUUCUUCUUUUGUUUUUAAUCUAACUAAUCCUUGUUUUACUUUCUUUUUCUCAUUUAUAUAUCUAAAAAAAAUGUUAUCCCUUUUUUUACUGACUGUGCUAUUUUCUCUUCUGUGUGUGAUUUGGAAGCUCUUAUAACUUGCUUAACCUCUUUCUGUCUAAUCUUAUAGGUCCCCCCCCUAUUAUCUUUGUGGCCCCUACCCACUGCCCAUGGCUGGGGGCUAUGGGGAGGACAGUAGGUCCCCCCUCAUUAUCUUUGUGGCCCCCACCUGCCGCCCAGGGGUGGGCGCCGGGGAGGAGGACAGUAGGUCCCCCCUCAUUGUCUUCGUGGCCCCCAUCCGCCGCCCAGGGGUGGGGGCCGGGGGGAGGACAGUAGGUCCCCCCUCAAUAUCUUUAUGGCCCCCACCUGUCACCCAGGGGUGAGGGCCGGGGGGGAGGACAGUAGGUCCCCUCAUUAACUUUGUGACCCCCACCUGCUGGCUAGGGGUGGGGGCCGUGGGGGGAGGACAGUAGGUCUCCCCAUUGUGAUUGAUGGCCCCCACCCUCGGCCCAGGGGUGGGGGGGUGGGGGCCGGGGGGAGGACAGUAGGUCCCCCCUCAUUAUCUUUGUGGCCCCCACCCGCCACCCAGGGGUGGGGGCCGGUGGGAGGAGAGUAGGUCCCCUCCCCUCAUUAUCUAUAUGGCCCCGACCCGCCGCCUAGGGACAGUAGGUCCCCCCAUUGUGAUUUAUGGCCCCCACCCACAGCGCAGGGGUGGGGCAUUGAGUGAGGACAGUAGGUCCCCCUCUCGUUAUCUUUGUGGCCCCACCCGCCGCCCAGGGGUGGGGUCCAGGGGGAGAACAGUAGGUCCCCCCUCAUUAUCUUUGUGCCCCCCCCCUGCCGCUCAUGGUGGGGGCUGGUGGGAGAACAGUAGGUCCCUCCCUCAUUAUCUUUAUGGCCCCCAACUGCUGCCCAAUGGUGGGGGCCAGAGGGGAGGACAGUAGGUCCCCUCCCCUCAUUAUCUUUAUGGCCCCUACCCGCCGCCCAGGGGUUGGGGCAGGGGGGAAGACAGUAGGUCUAUUAGAACACUUAGGAGGAUAACAGACUGAAAUCCAAAAAAGCACUACCUUCAAAAGGUUCUUAACUCCAAAAAAUACUUUUUCUGCUGGGACUCUUUAAUAUUGUUAUAUCUCAGUAUUUUUAUAUAUAAUAUUGUGUAUACAUAUAUCUGUAUAAGACUAACUAGUAUUUCUUAUUUGGCGCAGUCUAUUUUUUUUCUAAAUUUUUCAGUGUUUUUAUGUGUGAUUACACUUAAGGUUUAACAUUUUUAGGCACAGUUUAUCAAUUAUAAUACAACAAGUAAAAAAAAACAAAAAACAUGUUCUUAUCAAUAAAGAGAAAACAGCUUCCCACUGAACACCUCCCAAGUAGUGUUAAGUCUAAACAAGCCAAAAUAUAUAAUACACUUGGGAUGCAGCUAACCUAACCUAAAAUAUAAUAAAACGGAGAUCCUAAGAGGGAGAAAUUAUCCCCCCAAACACCAGGGGAGGCAUCAUUAGAGUGCAUUUCCAAAAUUCUGUGAGUGCAAUCUUUAGCAGGGAUUACGACAUUUCCAUCAACUGUAUUAUGCUAUUUUUUUUAUUAUAUUUUAGGUUUAUUAGCUGCAUCCCAUGUGUAUUAUAUCUUUUGGACAGUUUAUCAAUUGUUUGCUUUCUUUAUUACAUAUUGUCCCAGGGUUCGGGAAUCCUUGUAAGAUUUACUGCUGCUUCGCCUACAGUAUAUAGUGAGCACCUAUAUUUUAAUUAGUUUUUUUAAUUAAACCAUGUUUUGUUCUUUUUACUUUUAUCUCCUUACCUUACAGUUCCAUCUAUUAGUAAUGCGUUCAAUGGACUGACGUGUCCGAGUUGUAUAUCAGCAAGUUCUGAUUGUACUUCUUCAGAAACCAUGCUAUGCCAAGGAGAGGAGAAUAUGUGUGUUCGCUACACCACAAUUUCAAAUAAUGGUAAUGUCAUUAUGUAUUAAUAUAUAGAAUACAUGCAAACCAUUCUUCAAGUCAAGAAUCAAUAUUUGACAACUAAUUAAAAGUCUUACAUUCGAUUCAAAAUGGCUUAAAAUAUAGUUACUGUUGUUAUUACUGUUUAAUGCUUUCACAUAUAACUUGAAAUUACUCAGAAUCAUACAGUGUGUGUUAACCAAACCAUAUUUUAUAAAUAUCAUACACAUGUGUUACUUUCUUGCAACUGUUGAACAAACCGUCAGGGAACGUUAAAGGAGUGUAUGUUGCUGUUGGAGAGAGGUCAUCGGAAUACCUUAUGCCAUGAGUUCUGCCACAUGAUCAUCGACAAUACAAUUACUUGGACAUGUAGAAAUGCUUUGUACUUAUUAUAGUCUAACUGUCUUCAUAUUCACUCUAUCAACGCAGUAAUACUCCUGCACAAGAAACAUGCCAUAUAUCUUAUAAGAACAAUUUUUAAUUUUUGUAGGAAUCAGUAAUAUCCGUGGUUGCUCUACUCAGGCUCCCUGUGACAUUGGUAGCUUUACUGCUACUGCCAGUGGUGCAGUUGUUUCUAUUUCAUUUUUGUGCAACAGUGGGACUACAGGUACGUGUCUAACAACCCUUUUUAAGUUUGAGAGAUUAAUGUGGAUAUUAAGACAUCUUCAGGAUCAAUUAUUGCCUGCUUACAGUGCUUAUAAUGUAUUUUUUAGCACAAAAUAUUGUUGUUUGCAAACCUAAUAAAUAUAGUUAUACAAUGGAAAAAUCAAACAGAUUGUGAACAAUUCUAUGGAUAAAAUAAUGUGAUACAACAUUGUAAAUAUGCUGUAUAUCUACUGUAUGUAUAAUCAUGUAAUAUGACAGAAUGGUAGAGAAAAGACUGUCACUGGCACUUCUGUUCUUGUGGAAUACAAUGUCCAUUAAAAUAUUUUAUAAAAAUGAAUAUACAAAUUUCAUAAGAGUGAACACAUAUGUGUGCAGGGCCAAAAAUACUAUGAUGGUUAUAGGCUCCCAUAAAACAUUUUAACAUGUUUCAGAACCAUUUAUAUUGGGAUCUAAUAUAUAUACAUGUUUAUCUUCUAGUGUUUGCUUCCCAGCGGCAAUGUGUAUCCUGUACAACAUCAAGUAACACAACCUGCACAGGGCGCAGCGUAAUUUGCCCAACUGGUUAUGUCUGUGCAACUUCUUAUUUGGUGACUGUUAUAUCAGGUAUGUCAUGUGUAUCAAGAACUUCAUUGAACUGCAAUUUCUAUAUAUUGUGCAAACGCUUCCAUUGUGUUCAGAUAUAAUUUCGGAUACCUGUGCCAUGAAUGGAGCGGUGUAGGAGCACUGAGCACUUGGACUAACUCGGGUGAGCUUUGUAUUUCUCUGCUUAUUUCGGAGAGCACCAUGGCUUAUCUUUUUUAUUUGAGUUCAUCACAUGCAAUUGUAACCUAAUUAAAAAAAAAAAAAAAAGUUAAAAUAAUGAAUAAACAUACAGCUUUACUUGUUGGUGAUAUUUAAAUUACAACUUUUUUUAGGUAGAUAUAUAAAUAAAUCCAAACUAGAUUACUACUAUUGAAAAGGAUAGUACUUUAUUCUCAAAAUCCAGACAUUUUGGCGAUUUGAUGAAAGGAAGUGAUCAUUUCAGGCUAAAGAACUGAACUGUAACAUUUCUACAGCUAUUUUUUCAGGUUGCCAUCACAGCUCACAGUUUAGUGAAUACACCAAGAAUGACCAGUCAAUCAUGAAGAGGAAUAAAGAUAUUUUGGGAUGUAUAAAAUAUGUACAUUAUUCUUCAAUAUCAUAUAACAUAUCAGAUUUUUACAUACCUGUAAACUGAUGUUUUAUUUAUAGGAACUGCUGUUUGUCAAAAUAUCAAAGCAAAACAUAUUGGAGCUGUGAAGUUUUAUAAUAUACUUUUAAGCAGGACAUUCUUUGAAAAAGUGCUGUUUAUUGAUCCCUAUGCUCAUGAAUGGCAGUAGAAAAAAAUAAAUCUAUAGUGUGUGUGUGUGUAAUAUAUAUAGUGUAGAUUGGAUUAGCCGUAUUAGUCCACUAGACAAGAUGCCAAAAUACCAGAGUAUUGCAGUAUGCAAUGAUUCCUUUUUUAUUUGACUAACAUAAUAUUUCAAAGACAAGCUUUCAAUAGUAUCCUGUCUUCCUCAGGUCUGAAGCAAUACAAAUCAAACAAUCUGAUAGAGUUUAACACUUAAAACAACUGAUGUUAGAGAAGGGGAGGGAGGGGGGUAAGCAGGGCAAGACUGGCCCACCGGGAUACCGGGAAAUUUCCUGGUGGGCCGCGGCACCUGGGGCCAGGCUGACAGUAAUUUUAUUUAAAAUAUUUUCCCCUCGGACUGUGCCAGGCUGUGUCAGUCCGAGGGGAGUAAAGAGGGACUAUCUGGGGGCUGGUACGGGCGCAAUGAGGCAAUGAGGCUGCCUGCGGCCGGAGGGAGUCUCCCAGCACAAUUUACCUUAAUUUAGGCUGCAUGCCCCGCCUCCGCACACAAGUCCCGCUCCUGAACAUAGCUCCGCCCCUCGUGUAAGCCCCCUCCCCCACACACACGUUGCUCGCCGGAAGGAAGAGGCUACAAAAUAGAAAAUUCACCUACCAGUGCCAGGUAAGCUUCAGUCAUUACAGUGAUUGUGUUUGUGUGUGUGCCUGCUAGUGAGUGAGCUUGUCUGUGUGUGUGUUUGCCUGCUAGUGAGUGAGCUUGUCUGUGUGUGUGUGUGUCUGCUAGUAAGUGAGCUUGUCUGUCUGUGUGUGUGUUUUCCUGCUAGUGACUGAGCUUGUCUGUGUGUGUGUGUGUGUGUGUGCCUGCUAGUGAGUGAGCUUGUCUGUCCGUGUGUGUGUGUUUGCCUGCUAGUGAGUGAGCUUGUCUGUGUGUGUUUGCCUGCUAGUGAGUGAGCUUGUCUGAGUGAGCUUGUCUGUGUGUGUGUGUGCCUGCUUGUGUGUGUUUGUUUAUGUGUGUGUGUGUGUGAGUGAGCUUGUGUGUGUGUGUGCCUGCUAGUGAGUGAGCGUGUCUGUGUUCAGGGCCGGUGCAAGAAUUUCUGCCAUCUUAGACAAAGAUCCAUUUUGCCACCCCUUCAUGUCACUCACUAACAGACACACACACGCUGACACACAUACACUCACUUACUGACACACACACACAGAAACUCACUGACAGACAUACACUCAAUCACUGACAGACACGCACACAGACACUCACUGACAGACAUACACACUCACUCACUCACUGACACACACACACUCACUGAUAGACAUUCUCUCACUGAAUGACAGACAAACACACACACACACUGACAGGCAUAUACUCACUCACUGACAAACACAUACACUCACUGACAAACAUACACUCACUCACUAACACACACACACACACACACAUACAUUCACUGACAGACAUUCACUCACUGACAUACACACUCACACAGAUACUCACUGACAGACAUACACUCACUCACUGACACACACACUCACUGACAGAUAUACACUCACUCAGUGACAUACACACACAUUCACUGACAGACAUAUACUCACUCACUGACACACACACACACACACACACACACACACUCACUCACUGACAGACAUAUACUCACUCACUGAGAGACAGACAGACACACACACACACACACAGAGACAGACAUGCACUCACUCACACACAGGCACUCACUGACACACACACACACACACAGGCAGACACUCAGUGACACACACACUCACUGACAAACACUUAAACACUCACCUCCCUAGGAUCCAGUGCGGGGCAGCUCCUCACUCCUCCCGCCCGCCGUUUAGUAUAGCAGGGCCUAGUUCUGCGGCUCAAGACAGGGUGAGCCCACCAGGAAAUUUCCCUCUAGGCGCCCCCCAGCAGACCGGCGCCACCGUUAGGUGAACUAGGCAUUCGGUCCUGUCUGUGUGUGUGUGUGCUAGUGAGUGAGCUUGUCUGUGUGUGUGUGUGCCUGCUAGUGAGUGAGCUUGUCUGUGUGUUUAUUUGUGUGUGCCUGCUAGUGAGUGAGCUUGUGUGUGUGUCUGCUAGUGAGAGAGCUGGUGUAUGUGUGCCUGCUAGUGAGAGAGCUUGUGUGUGUGCCUGCUAGUGAGUGAGCUUGUCUGUGUGUGUGUGUCUGCUAGUGAGAGAGUUUGUGUGUGUGCCUUCUAGUGAGUGUGUGUGUGCCUUCUAGUGAGUGAGCUUGUCUGUGUGUGUUUGUGUCUGCUAGUGAGAGAGCUUGUGUGUCUGCCUGCGAGUGAGUGAGCUUGUGUGUGUGCCUGCUAGUGAGUGAGCUUGUCUGUGCAUGUGUGUCUGCUAGUGAGAGAGCUUGUGUGUGUGCCUGCUAGUGAGUGAGCUUGUGUGUGUGUGUGCAUUCUAGUGAGUGAGCUUGUGUGUGUGUGUGUGUGUGAGCUUGUCUGUAGUAAGCUUGUGUAUGUCAGAGUUUGUCUGUACAACAUUUGUGUGUGUAUGACAAUAAGCUUGUCUGUGCAUGUCAGUGAGAUUGUCUGUCAGUGAGCCUAUUUGUGUGCAUCUGUAAGCUUGUGUAUUUAUGCCAAUGAACUUAUGUACAUCAAUGUCUAUGACGCUGUGUAUCAAUGAGCUUGCGUAUGUCAGUGAGAUUGUCUGUAUCUGCAUGUGAGUACGCUUACUGUAUAAUUAAAUGUUUUACUCUGAAAGGAAUAUUUUAUAUUAGAAAAAAAUAAAUAUAUAUAUUGACCAAUAAAAUGUAAGGGGCUAUGUCUUGCCACCCCAGAUGAUUGAGUCAUAUAUAAAUACAUAUGAUAUUAUAUAUAUAAAUUUCAACAGUUUCUGGCACUCAUCCCAAAAAAAAUAAUAAAUAAAUCACGUCCAGCAACUGGGAAGCGUGUGGGAGGUGAAGAGGGAGGGGAAAUGCGGCUGAAGAAACUCUCCUAGCAGAGAGAGAGGCGUGCCCAAUAAUGCAAUCUGACCAAGUUUAUAGUAACAAUUGUCAAGUAAUGCAUGUCCCUUUAACUGUAUUAUAUAUUAAACUGGAUACAGAUAUGUAUAAUUAAAAUAACCAAAGAACAACAUUUAAAAAUGUAUUUAUGUUAUUUUAUUUUGACUCCUGCCUUUUUAAAUAGUGAUGACUUUCCCCAAUUGCAUUCCAACAGUAUUGUAGGCUUGACUUCUAGAAAGGCCAUUGCAUAUAAUUACACCCAUUGCACUCACUGUUAUGUCAUUUUUUAUUUUUUUUAUAAAUAACAUUUGUUUGUUUGUUAAUAAUAUCAGCUAACCCAUUAUUUAGAAAACUGGUGGAAGGGUGGGUCAAAAAACAUUGUUGGUAUUGAAGUUUUAUUUAUUUUUGCACGAAAUAUCAAGUAUUACUGAGAAUAUAAAAAAAUAUACCCGCAGAAUAAACAAUUAUUUACAAUGUCACUCUUAAUGCUAUCUUAAUGUAUCAUUCACAGGCAAAGCAACUAUAGAUGUUGUUAGAUCAUGUGCUCCAGAAUCCAAGUGUAAUAUUGUUGGAUCUAUGACCUAUUCUGGUGUCAAAAUUUAUAUGGCCAGCUCCUGUUGUUCAACAAACAACUGUUCUCCAACUAUGCCUAUGUGUAAGUACUUACUUAUAUGUCAUUAUUCUGAAUAUUUCUCUGAAAUGUCAGUUAUUGAAAGAGUUAGGUAUGCAGCUUCUCUUCCUAUAUCACCUUAUCUCAGUGGCAACAAGAAGGGUGAUGCCGCAGGGAGAGAGGAAAACAUAGGUUGCUUGGCUGUACUUACCUCAAUGUUUUAUUACUCUGCUUCCAAGAGAUUGGCAUGAUGACCCUCUACAGAGAAACAACUGGGCUACAGGGAGAUCAGUACACUUUUUAUUACUUAUCCAAUUAAACCCAAAGAAUAACCUCUAGCUUAAAGAAACACUAUAGUCACCACAACAACUAAUCUUAAUUUUAAUGGUGUAUAGAUCAUGUUCCUGUAGUUUUACUGCACAAUUCUCUGCCAUUUAGGAGUUAAAUUACUUUGUUACUACAACCCCCUGCAUGUGAUUUACACAGUCUUCCUAACACUUCCUAUAAAGAGUCAUCCAGUGUUUAAACUUCAUUUAUUGCACAUUCUAUUUGAUUUAGAUUUUUUUUUCGUAGUCUGUUUGAUCGUGAUGGAGACUGCUGUGUGUAAGAUGCAAGUUAAAUUUACAGAGCAAGAGAUACAACUUCUAAAGCAAAUUAACAUCUGAUUGAAAAUUAAACCAUUGUUUUCAUGCAAACUGUGUGAGUCAUAACCAGGAGAGAGGUGGCUAUUGCUGCAUGGAAGGAAACAAAUGUGAUUUAAUUCCUAAAUGGUAGAGAAUUGAGCAGUGAAACUUCCGAAUCAUGAUCAAUACACAAAACUGCUUAAUUAAACUAAAGUUGUUUUGGUGCCUAGUGUCUUAUUAAGAUCUCAAAGCCAGAGUAAUCCACUGAGUGUGGUUACCCCUCUUUCAGAACAUAAACAUGUAUUCCUGACCCUAUGGAGUUAAAACCCCCAUCUAGCCCCCCCCCCUUCCUCCUGCCCCUCUAUUGCCACCCUAAAUAGAAUAAAAUCUUAGUUAUAUUCAAGUCUGCAGCUGCUGCAUCUGCCCCUGUCUGCCUCUAACAUCAUUUUGUCUGCUGACAUCAUCAGAAAUGGUGGUCUGAGUAAAUUGCAAUGCUUCUCCAUAGGAUUGUCUGAGACUGUCAAGCAGACAGAUCAGGGGCAGAGCCAGCACAAGUCAAACACAGCUCUGGCCAAUCAGCAUCUCUUCAUAGUGAUUAAUCAAAUCAAUGCAUCUCUAUGAGGAAAGCUUAGUGUCUGCACUCAGAAGGUGGAGACUCUGAAUGGCAGUACUGCACAGUGUGCAGCCCUGCCCCAGGAAGCACCUCUAUUAGACUCUCUGAGGAGUGGCCAGUGGAGGUAUCCCUAGGCUGUAAUGUAAACACUGCAUUUUCUCUGAAAACAGUGUUUACUGCAAAAAGCCUGAAGGGAAUAAUUCUACUCAUCAGAACAAAUACAAUAAGCUGCAGUUGUUCUGGUGGCUAUAAUGCUUCUUUAAUAUUUACUAAUAUUUUCAUUCUUUGCUUGACUGUAUCAAGACAGGCACAAUCGCAAACAAAUUAUUAAAAGAGACUAAGGGGUCUGUAAAGUAGACAUGUGUAUGUGGGGAAAAAAAUUUUUUUUGCUUUGGUAAUUCCAAAAUAAGUUUCAGCAAAAUGUUGUAAUUUCAUCUGAAAAUGUUCAUAAACUUCUGAAUUUCAGAUAUUCAUUAUUUCCUACAGAUGCUGAUUAGUAGAUACCCCUAUGUGUAAUUUCCGUACUUAGGAUACCAAAUGAUUGCACUGUUUAGUAGAUAGCUCCCCUAAUAUGGUACCCUUAUGUUAGAUUGCCUAUUCGUUCAGCUAUCUACUAAAACUAUCUACUAAACACUGCCCUAAUUUGGUAUCCUUAGAAGGGCCGUCCCACACAAGGGUGCCAUAAUGAGGAACCUAUCUACUAAACAGUGCUCUAAUAAAUACCAUGUAAGGAUAGGAUACCAAACCAGUGAGCUAUCUACUGAACAACUGAAAGAGCAAAAAUGAGAAGAGCCAAGGUCCCUAAAUUUGUUCUUCCAGUUGCUUAGUAGAUAAGUUCCUUAGUUGGCAUGCUAAUAAAUGGCAAUCCCACGUAAGGAUACAAAUUUAGAUAGCUAUCUAUAACAGCUGAAAAAUCAAAACUAAGAAAAAACCAAAACUUUUUCUUAAUUUUGCCAUUUCAUUUGCAUACUAGAUAAAUCACUAAUUUGCAGUGCUUAUGAAAACAAAUGGAUUUUCGGAACAAUUUAUUCCGUAAUCUUUCACUUUUGGUUAUUUUGAAUGUUGCCAAAUUUUGAACUCGGAACUUCAGAAUUCUGAAUUCAGACAUUUUCACAUUCCAAAAGUCAGCUGAAAUUUGAUUUGUCUGAAAGACUAAACCUGAUGAGAAUAUUUGUCUCUGACAUCUUGUAUCAGCACCAACCAACCAUGGCCAACUUGGGAGGAGGAAAUCUUGUACCAUGGUGCAUUCACAAGAUAUUUUACGAAAGUGAAAACUGUUGGAAUUCAAAGUAUAUGUCAAAUUUAAGGCCAGAAUACCAAAAAUUAAACUGGAAUUGGCUUGGAGAAUUUUUUCAAUCCAUAUUAAAUGCAUAUUAAAAUGAUGGGGACAAAAGUGCUCCUACCUCUAACAUUUUGGGUCACACUAUUAGACAGACUGUAUAUUAUUAUUAUUAUUAUUAUUAUGUUAUUAUGUUAUUAGUUAUAUAGCGCUGACAAAAUCCGUAGCACUUUACAGUGGGUGGACGAACAGACAUGUAAUUUUAACUAGACAAGUUGGACACACAGGAACAAGUUGGACACACAUGCUAGAGGGAGUGGGGUAAAGUGACACAAAAGGUAUUAGAUAGUAUUAGACAGUAUAAUGACAGUUGCAAGAGAGGAAUCAGUCGGGAGCUAUUAACAGUUUAAUUGAAAUGCUUUUAUGAAGAAGUGGGUUUUUAAUGAUUUUUUGAGGGAGUGGAGACUGGGUGAGCAUCUAACGGGAAGGAGGGAAGUGAGUUCCACAGGAACAGUGCAGCCCUGGAGAAGUCUUGAAGGUGAGCAUCAAAGGUGGGAGUACGGAAAGAAGAUACACAUAAGUCUUCAGCAGAGCUUAAGGGCUAGAUGGGACAUACUUGUGUGUAAAUGAGGAUAGAUAGGUGGUAGCAGCAUUAUGUAGAGAUUUGAAAGGAAGUAAAAUAAUUUAAAAGUGAGCCCUAUAUCUUACUGGAAGCCAAUGUAGGGACUGACAGAAAGGUGAGGCAUGGGAGGUGCUGGUGGACAGGAAGAUGAGCCUCGUCACUUCAUUCAUUAUGGACGGUGCAAGGUGGGAGAAUGUAAGACCACUGAGAAUCGGAUUACAGUAGUCAAGGCGAGAAAGGACAAUGGAAUGGACCAGCACCUUAGUCGCAUCUGGCGUUAAGUAGGGUCAGAUGCGCACAAUGUUUUUGAGAUGGAAACAACAGGAUUUGUCAAUAGACUGGACAUGAUGGGUGAAGGAGAGGUCGGAGUCAAAGAGAACAUCUAGGCAGUGAGCCUGCAUUGUGAAGCUGAUGGUAGUAGACUUGGAGGGAGGGAGACACAGGAGUAGCAACACUUGAGGGAGGAAAGACUAGAAUUUCAGUUUCGGUCAAGUUGAGUUUAAGGAAGUGGGCAUCCAUCCGGUUAGAAAUAGCAGAGAGGCAGUCAGAAACCCUAGUAAAGAGGGACAGGAAGAGAUCAGGAGAGGACAGGUAGAUUUGCGUGUCAUCCACAUAGAAAUGAUAUUGGAAGCCAAAGGGGCUAAUAAGUUUACCAAGGGAGGAAGUAUAAAUAGAGAACAGUAGGGUACCAAGGAUUGAACCUUGGGGGACACCAACAGAAACACUGAAAGAGCGCUGGGAGAGGUAGGAGGAGCACCAGGAGAGAGCAAUAUCUUGUAGACCAAUAUUGCGGAGAAUGAGAAGAAGCUAUUGAUGAUCAACUGUGUCAAAAGCUGCAGACAGGUCAAGGAGAAUUAGGAUAGAGUAGUGACCACAAGAUUUUGCAGCAAGUAGAUCACUGGCUACUUUGGUUAGCGCGGAAACCAGACUGAAGCGGGUCUAGCAGAGAGUUAGACUCAAUGAAGUCUGUCAAUCUUGCAUACACAACUCUUUCAAGGAUCUUGGAUGCAAAAGGCAGUAGCGAGAUAGGACAGUAGUUGGAUGGGGAGUUAGGGUCAAGGUUAAGGCUUUUUUAGAAUUGGGGUUACAGUUGCAUGUUUGAAAGGUAAUGUAAAUAUGCCAGAGGGGAGAGAGAGAUUGAGUAUUUUAGUGAGAGGUGGAGAAAGAGAAGAAGACAGAGUACGGAUGAGAUGGAUCUAGGGAGCAGGUGGUGGGACGGGAGGACUGGAGCAGAGCAGAAACCUCUUCCACUGUAGUGGGUGCGAAUGAACAUAGAACAGCAGAGGGAGUGAGGUUAGGGGAAGUAUUGUAAGGGGAAUAAGAAAGAUGUAGAGAUCUUGUCAGAGAAGUGAGUGUGUUGAUGAUGGUGUACGAUACCAUAUAGACCCCUUUUUAUAAAUACAUUUAUUUCUAAAUUUAUAUAGUAUCGUUCUGUUUUUCUCGCAUUGGAUUUGGAACACUGUUCAAAAUUUCUACAAUAAAUUGAAAACAAUGUAGCUGUUCAGGAGAGGUUGGUGGUAGAAUAUAUAUAGAACAUCCUCUGUGACUAGUGGAUAAUGAUAACAUAUUAGCAGGGUUAUUCAAUAAAGUGAGGAAUUUCAGGAAAUCAAAGUGAAUUUGUAAUUGUAGACGAUUGUAGACAAACCAUAAGCAUAACUGACUUGAUGAAUCUUUUCAAUUCAAACAAUUUUGGCCUAACUUAAGUUUGAAAUAAACUUUGAAUUAUUUUUGAAUCAUGACAAUUAUCCAAUAACCCUGUAAGAAACAGACAGCAGUGCUCUCCAUCACGAAAUAAAGUCUAAAAGUGCUACAGUAACUAAUCUGCAUUCUCUUGCUAUCUUUCAGUGCCCCCGGAUAAUGUUCAAGCGAAUGGGCUGGUAUGUCCCACCUGUAUCUCACCAAGUUCUUCUUGUUCUUCAAACACAAUGCAGUGUACUGGGAGUGAGAAUAUGUGUGUUAGCCAAACAAAGCAAACAGGUAAUAAUCCUCACCAAAACCUUCCUUGUAUGGAUCACUGUCUAACAUACAGUACAAAGUACGUACAAAAGUGAAGAGUAUUUCCUGUUACUUUGGAGAAUAGGCAGUAUUGUUAAUUUGUAAUUUGUAGAUAUAUAAUAUGUCCUCCUCUCAUCAGACAGGUGUACAGCUUGCUUCUGCCUAGGGCAGAUUGUCCGAUUGUUAAAGGAACACUGAAGUCUCCCAGAAGGAUAUGGGCACAGUGGCCCUGUAGUUGUGACCAUUCCAUGUGAAACAUUGCAGUUUUGUAGAAACAGCAACCUUUACGUUACAAGAUAUAUUCCUGAUAGCCACUAUAGGCACUUCUGCUGGAAAACAUAAAAUGCAGUCACAGUGAUGUUGCAGCUCAUAGGAAAACAUUGAAUUCUAUGUUUUCCUAUGAGAAGUAUUUGCAUGGGUGCACAGUUCUUGCUGCAUAUGCGUAUCAGUCACUAAUCCUUCUCUAUGAGAAGCAUUGAAUUUAGAGAGCCAGAUGAUGUUGUUGGGGGAUUGGGCGGUAUCAAUAAAAUAGUCCUAGCACUGGGUAAAAGGUAAGUAAAAAAAAACACUUUUCUUCAGGUUUUUACUCCAAACAGGGUGGACCUAAAAUGAAUCAUGCUGUAGAACCAAGGAUGAUCCUAGGGUCACAGACACCUGGAUGAAGACAUUUUGUGACGCUCCAUCUCUUCUCUGCUCCCCCCCACCUUCCGGUGCCUUGGAGAGGUGCACCCGCCCAGGAAUGGCCUUGAGUAGGACAAUAUUGAGUUAAGAAUACAGAUUUGUAUUCCUAAUGCUAUAAUGUUCCUUUAAGCCUCUGUUAGUGUUUCCUGAUUGAACGUUUGUAAGAGUUUUUCUCUCGUAUCUAUAAUUAUCUAUUUUUUUAUUUUAAUAAUUUUCACUCCAAUAUCUCAUAUUCAUAAUAAUUCCAAUGUUAUUUAAUAAAUAAUAUUUUUUCUUAUAGGUGGAACUAUAGAGACUAUUAGUAGUUGUGGAACCAGCACUUUGUGUGAUGUUGGCACCUACAGUGUGAUAGGAGGUGGCUUGGCUGUUGAUUUUACAUUUUCCUGCACAAAUCCUGGUACUGAUGUCUAAUUUUACUUUCCCUGUGAUUGGAUGUUUAUUUGAACACUUGUAGAACCUGUUUAGUACCAAUUUAGUGUAAGAAAAAGUAUUUGCAGUAGGAGACCCUGAAAAGGAUUUUUAAUAUUAAUGCGUACUAAACUGUGCUUUCAAAGUGUCAAUUAAAAUGGUACAAAAUGUGAAUACUUUAGUUGAACAGAUGGCUCUGUUUUGAUCCACAUGUGGAUUGUGGAUGCGACACUUUUUAAAAAUAUCAAAUUCCGAAUCUCUCUGUUUCUUAAGUUUGAUGCUCUGUGAUAAAAGUAUUGACAAAGUAUGUUUCAACAAGUUCUAUUCAUAAUGAGGCAGGCAAAAGAAGAAAAUUACUCCUGGGAUGCUAGCAUGCAGGACUUGUGGUCCAUAGCGCAACAUUCAUCUGCUUAUUAUAAUCAACUGUAAGAGUGUUGACAUAUCUGUUACAGAGUAUUGCAAGAGUAAAGUAUGAGCAUAAAAGCAUAGUUUUUACAAGCCCAGCACUGUGUAGAUUUGUGCAUGGUAGACUUGCUACAGGAUGUAUUACGUUAUCCGAUUGUAAGAGAUCCUGAUCGUUUCCUCAGUCAGUAAAGUUUAAAUCAUUUGGACCGUUAUUUGCAGUUGUUCAUGGAUCUCACAAGUCCAAAAAUAAAUAAUGGUCGACAUGAUUGAUACUUAGAUGCCUUGGGGUCCUUUAAAAUGAAAUAAAUCCCUCACAUGUUGAGGUAAUAAAGACCUUCUGCAGGGGAUCUCCCAUUGCCCGAACGUAUGUUGUCACAUUACCGGUCAAAGUAACAACCAGGAUCUCCCAGGAUUACCCAAUAAUCAUGCCCUAUCUAAUUUACAUCUCUGAUCUUGAUCAUAACAUUGUAAUCAUUUAUUAGGGGAAUGACAGCCACCACAUAUUUAUAGAUCACGUUUCCAUUGUUUGAAUUUUUCCUAUGACAGAAACAUUUCCUCCAGUUGGUUAACGACUAUUUAACAUGGCUGGUUUUACCUGUCCACAAAGUCUGAUUGAAGAGGUAUACAUUAAAACUCCCUCUUUGCCUCACCUUAGAUUAUCAGUGAACACUAGAGAAGGCAGUGAUCUGCUAUAAAACAGCUUAAUUUUAAUUAAUCUAUUUAUUUUAUUCUAAACCUAAAUGUUUGGGAAAAAAAUUACGUUUCACAGUUGCUCGAUUUUACAAAUAAGCGGAUGAGGUCACACAGUGUUAAUUUUGGCUGCAAAUUUAAAUUUAGUUUAGUAAUAGUCUUUUGACUAAAAAGCUAUUUUAGUUUUAGUCGUAUUUUAGUUAUCUGAAUUGUUUUAGUUUUUGUCUAGUUUUAGUCAACUAAAUGUCCAGCAGAUUUUAGUCAACAUGACUAAAAUCGAAUGGGUUUAGUUAAAUACUUUUUGCCCCUUUCCACAGCCUCUCUGUUCAGUGUUCAUUUUGGCACCAAAUUUCAAUUCAGCUUUAGUUAUAGUGUUUUGACUAAAAUGCCAUUUUAGUUUUAGCCGUAUUUUAGUCAUCUUAGUUGUUUUAGUCUAAUUUUAGUCAACUAAAUCUCAAAAAUUUUAGCCGACAAAAAAUUGACAAAAAUUGUUAGUCUACAAAAUUAUGUCACAUAAUCGUAUAGCCAACCUAUCACGUAGCUCAUUGAAGUGAUCUGGGUGUAACGUCCCAUGUCCCUUAACCCUACAGUGGUUUCUGAUAAACUGCAAUUAUUACCCCUGAGGGUUAACUCCACCUCUAGUGACUAACAGACAACCACUGGAGGGAAUUCUUGAAUUGAAAUGGAACUUUGGUCUGUUAUCCAAUGGCGGACAUCCUCACGCUCUAAAUGAGGACUUCCAGUGUCAGAUUUGUCCCCAUAUUAAAAUAUUAAUGUUUUCCACCCACCCAUAUUAAAAUAUUAAUAUACUCUGCCAAUACUAAAAUGUUAAUAUUUAUAUUAAAAAAAAAUUAUUGUUAGGCAACAAAAUUAUUAACCGAGAAGGAGAUAAUAUGAAAGCAUUGAAUAAUGCUUUCCUAUGGGGAAAUCCUAAUGCGAGCUCGGCCAUUGCCACGCAUUCGCAUUAGUCUCCCCCGCUGGCUGAUGUCGGUAGGGGAGUAGUGUGGGUGGAGCCUGAUUAAGGUAAGUGACUGAAGGGGUUUUAACUCCUUCAGCGCCGUGGGAGGGCGCAAGGGAGGAAGCACUUUAGAAACUGUUUUGUUUUCCUGGCACUCUAGAAUACCUUUCAGUCAAUACCUUACCUAUAAUCAAUCUUCCCACACCCAGAGCAAGUGCUAUUGUUCAAGUGCUUAAAAUGUCUUUCGGCAAUCAAAGAGACCCAAAUACACAAAUACACAAAGCAGCAUGUCCAACUAUUCUUAAGCUGCAGCACAUAAUAUGCACAAUAUGAAACAUCUCGGUGGGUGCCGGCCCUGAGUACAUGUAACUUAUUAGCUUGUCUAAGGAGCAUAUUCCUUACAUUUCAAAUGUUUCCUUUGCCAUGGUACAUCUUCUAAAGCUUAGCAAAGCAGCAAUUUGGGGUUUUAUGUUAAUAACAUAGGAAGCGAAAUUAAACAUUUUAUGAAUUGAGUUGAUAAUGAGAUUUAGAUCUAUCAUUCAUAUUGUGAUCUAUUUUUUAUCCUUAAAUAUCUUUUAGUAUCUUCCAGUCUUCAAUGUGUAUCAUGUAUCACAAGGGGUUCCACAUCCUGCACAGGGAGCUCUGUGGCCUGUCCAUCUGGAUACGCCUGUGCAUCAGCUUACAUGCUAACCCUUAAAACAGGUAUGGCAUUUAUAUAAAAAAUAUAUUGAGCAAAAUGUAACUAUCAACAAUGCAAGUUAAAACAAGUUAAUAAUUUUUCAUGUUUUCUGUGUGGAAAUUUCAUUUCAAAAGUAAAAAAAAAAAUGACAAUAUGAGGAUUCUGAUAACAGAUGAACCUUUAGAGAAACUCAAUUGUUUGCCUUUCAGUAAAAUGCCGUUUAGGUCUCAAAAUAGUUUUUAUUUGUCAGUAGUAGCAUCUGCAUCCAAUUACACAUGGGAAAAUUGUGAGAUGUGUGACAGAACAAGUGAAAAGGUAAAUGAGUGAAACAGACUGUGAAAAUGCUAGUUACAAAGGGUGAGAAAGCAGCAGACUGGUGCAGGGAAAGGGAAGUCCAAAUUGUUCGGGUAAGGAACCAUCCGAGUUCUGAGGUUCCACUGUAGGUCUAAACUGCUCUGGGGACAGAGCUAGCCCUCUUCUAGAACAAUGGAAUCAACAUUCACUUAUAUCAGCUUCAUUGGAGGAAAGGAUUGAACAAGCAACAGACAACAAAACAUAGACAUGAGCAAUGGUAGGUAUCCCCAGGCACAUGCUAAUACAGGGUAAACUUUUCCUCCAGGUUCUUUGUUUAGGUCUUUGUGUACACUUUUACUUCACUUUGGGUUCACUAAAUCUUUAUGGUUAUCACUGGAAUAGUAAUUGUGUCGUAAUUAUUUAGUAUAUUUUAUAUGCAACAUUUUUCAUAUUGGACCCCCUAAGCAGGGGUAGGCAACCUUCAACCCUCCAGAUAUUAUCUCUCAUUAUAUUCUUACAACCAUGAUACUGGCAAAGCAUUGGAGGAUAUAUAGUUCACAUCACCUGGAGUGCCGAGGUUUGAAUACCCCUGUUGUAAAGUGUUGUGUCGCAAAUGCAUAUUGAGUACAACUAAAUUUAAUACAUUCAGCUUAAGGUAACACAUUGACAGUUCAUAGGCAGACAUGUAACAGGACGCCAUGUGCCCAGACCAUAGUAGUGACUUUGACAUAGAAGAUGUACAUUAUAACACAGCAUGGUAUUAACCUUGAAUUGUAGAACCCUGUAAUCCAUUUCUGGAUACAAUAUAGGUUUAUUUAAUGUGAAAAAAAUGUGCCAUUUAAGAUUUUAUUUAUUUAUUGUUUUGUGCUGUUGUAUUACAUAUUUUAAUAGUAAUUUUAAUAUAAUAUCCUCAGAUGGCAGCAAAGUUCUAGAUCUUGUUAGAUCAUGUGCACCAACAAACAAAUGUAAUGUCCAAGGCAGUAUGAGCUAUUAUGGUGCAGAAAUCUUUAUGCAGACCACUUGUUGUUCAUCCAAUUACUGUUCUCCAUCAGUACCUGCCGGUAAGUGUCUAUCUAUAUGUUAUUUAUCCUAUAGUGAAUGAAAAGUCAGGCAGAUUGAUCUUAAAUGUCUUUACAGCUAAAUGGGUAGCAUAACUUUGAAUGGGGGAAACAAUUUAGAUAUUAAGUCAGUAAAUAAUGUAUUAAAUCUACAAAUAAGGUUUCCUGGCUAAUCAUGGUAGCAUCACUUAUGGGUUAGCUCCACAUCAGCAAUUGCACAGAGCACAAUACUUAUUUUAUUUGCAUUGGGAAGCCUGUAAUUGGACAGUCACAGAAAGUCUGGGCUGGGGUAGAAAGGGAGGGCUUGCAAAUGUUGCAGACAAGAGCUGUGUAGCUUUUGCAGACUGUUUUCAGAUAUACCACCAAUGAAACAUGUAUAAUUAAAUGGUAGAAUACCAACUAAGGAUUGAUUUUUAUUUAUAUAUUUUAAUUUGGGCAGUGGAUUGAACCUUUACCGUCUGGCUCGGUUAGAUAGAAACAUAGAAACAUAGAAUGUGACGGUAGAUAAAAACCAUUCGGCCCAUCUUGUCUGCCCAAUUUUCUAAAUACUUUCAUUAGUCCCUGGCCUUAUCCUAAAACAUGUCUAUACAUAAACCAUGUCUAUACAUGGUUUAAAGGAGCACUAUAGUGCCAGGAAAUCAAACUAAUUUUCAUGGCACUAUAGGGUUAUUAAAUCCCCCCCUUCCCCCUCAGGGCCCCUCUCCCGCUGAGCUGAAAAAAAAAAACCCUUCAGCCACUUACCUUAAUCCAGAGCCAGGCUCCCUCAGCAUUGGUGAUCUCUCCUCCCCCUACCGAUAUCAGCUCCGAAUGCGCAUGCGUGGCCAGAGUCACGCGCACAUUCAAAAAGCCCAUAGGAAAGCAUUACUCAAUUCUUUCCUAUGGACGUCAGCAUCAUCUCAGUCUGAUUUUCACACUAAGAAUAGUGAUGUCGCGAACUGUCCGCGAACUUCUCGCGAACGGUUCGCCACGGUUCGCCACGAACCGUUCGUGGCGAACUCCGGUCAGCUGACACAUCCUGGCCAAUCUCCAGCAGACCCUCCCUCCCAGACCCUUCUACUUCCUGGACAGCAUCCAUGUUGAAGGCAGCUUCAUCUCGACAUCUCUAACUAAGAAUCACGGAAGCACUUCUAGAGGCAGGAGUAACCCUCUAUGAAAACAUAGUAGUUUAUCCGAAACCUUUAUGCUUUCAGCUGUGGAGUUAAAUCCAGGGCUACCUGGCACAUAGACCACUGAAUUGAGCUGAAGUGGUCUGGGUGCCUAUAGUGGUCAUUUAAGUAGUAUAAGCUUUUCUUUGAGUUUGGAAGCAGUAAAAUUAUCUCAGGCAGUUAUGUUAAGUGAGCGACAUGUCAAGCAUUUUUUACUGAACUAACAGCUGAAGAAUUCCAAAUAUUAGAUAAAAGUAGUUGAGCUGGAAUAAUAACUGCGAUGAAGAUUGUUCCUUAAAAUUUGGUUAUUUUAACCAUGAUUUUGCAAGUCCAUUGCUAAUUAUUAAUAAAUUCAGUUUAGUGACUAGCCCUUAAACAUGUUUAUAAGACCUUCAAAAUACAGGUAUGGACAAUCUUAUAGAAGUAGAACUACUGUAAUGUCCACAUCUGUCAUUAACUGCUACACAUCCUACAAGAAUUAUAUAGAUAUGCAUUAAUCACCAAUAGUAUUGACUAUUGAUCCAACCCAUAUACAUUGUUUUCAUAUCUUAUAGUGGAGAUUUCUUAACCCCAUUCAUAAAACACAACAACAUAAAAGAACGCAAUUACAAUAUGAGAAUGGUGGGCAGAGGCGGGUGGUACUCUACUCUUUGCUCUGCUAGUGCCGGAGCUUGUUCAGAAAUUGAUCAUGUGAGAAGCUUCACUAGAACUACACAUCACAAUGUCCACCCCUGUUUCUCACUGCGCCCUAUGUCUCAUGAUACAUUUAGUCUAUGCCUUGCAGCUCACCUCAGCCCCUAACCUGUAUGUAUUAACUGCAAUGAAAUAUGCCCAGUAACCUGUCUUAACCUUUUCAUGAUCUAACCAUGGCAGCUCAUGGACUGUCGAGCACAGAUAAUUACUUUUAAAUAAUAAUAAUAAUAAUAAUAAUAAUAAUAAUAAUAAUAAAACAAGUAUAUAUUAUUAUUAGUAUUCCAAUAAAUUAACAAAUAAGAAAAUAACUAUUAUAUAUAUAUAUAUAAAUAUCACUGGUGACAAAUUUGUUUCCACAAAUAUCCCAGAGUUCCCUGCUUGACAUGCAAAUGAGCACAGGCAGCCAUAGUGUUUUAGACUUCACUAAGCCCACAUUCUUUACUAUACUAAUGCCUGUGGGUAAUUGUUACUGCCUGGUAACCCACCUCUUCUAUAACUGAUUAAUGCUUUCAUCAUACCUUGCAGAACCAGUGCUUAAUACCAGACCAAAUGGAUAUCAAUGUAAAACCUGCUCAUCCUUAAUUGAUACUUCUUGCAAUCCUUCAUCUGCUCUGCAAUGUACUGGGAAUGAAAAUACAUGUGUUCAACUAAGGAAGCAAGUGACAGGUAAGCUUUGUUCCUAAAAUAUGCCUUUUUUCCUGGAUGAUUAUUCUGUAUACAGAAUUACUUUAUUUAUUUAGCUAUCCAAACAAUUGCUAUGGUGUAAAAGAGGAAUCGGAGGGACACCCGGAACAUGUAAUUGUCUCAACCAAUGAUAAAAUAUUGUAAAGUGCCACAGAAUAUUUUGGCGCUUUAUAAAUUAUCAGAAUUAUAAUAUUACAUAAAUGUUUUUCACUUGGUUCAUUAUAUAGUACAAUAUUACUUAAAAUAUGCAAUUAAAACUAUAAUCUGAAAUUUAAAUAACUUUAACAGAACAUUGUAGCAUUAGGAAUGCAAUAAUGUAUUCCUAACAGUAUUGGUAUCAUUAUUUAGAUCAUUUCACAUUCCAUCACCCCCCUCCACCCACCACCACGAUAACUGAUCCAAUUUAUUUGCCUUUAUUAGCUGCAGUCGUCCUGCCUCCACUUGUUGAGUUCAUUAAUAAUAAUCAAUAUUGAUCUCAGCGAACCCAAUACUUUCAUGUAGGGAAGAAUUUGGAUGCUAGAGCACAUGAGCUGCACCAAUCAGCAUCUUCUCAUAGCAAUCAAUGCAUUGACUCGGUGUAUCUCUAUAGGAAAAGGACAGCGUCUCCAUGCAAUGUGUGAAGAUACUAAAAGCUGGUCCUGCAUUGUUUGUAGGAACUCAACCAGAAAGUUCUUCUAGUGACUGUCCAAGUGGCAACCACUGGAGGUGGUAACAGGAGGCAAUGCAAACACUGCCUUUUCUAAUCAGAAUUACGGAAAAUUUAUUCAUACUUACCGUAAUUUUAUUUUCCUGGUUAUUAUUCAUGGCAACAUUUAACAUAUGGGUUUAGCUCCUCCCUCAGGACAGGAAACACAAACAAUUAAACAAUUAAGCAUACCUUCACCUGGUAUAAUAGGAACCCCAUAAGCCAUAACACCUCAGUCAAGUAACAAGACGAAUAUCCAAAAGAGGGUGGGAAAACGAAAUGCUGCCAUGAAUGACAGCCAGGAAAAGAAAAUUAGGGUAAGUAUGAAUACAUUUUCCGUAUUCCUGGCUUAUCAUGGCAGCAUUUAACAUAUGGGAUUCCCCAAGCAAUAAUGACACAGGGAGGGAAAUACAUGCUACAAAAUAGUUGAAUAAAUAAAUCAUCUCUGAGGGUUAAAGGAGUUCAGGACAGAGAGGCCAAACUCUGAAUCCGAGCGAGAAGCCACAUCCACUUUGUAGUGUUUCACAAAGGUCUUUAGUCAAUUUGCAGCCUUACAUAUGCUCUCUGCAUGAACACCUGACUCUGCAGCCCUUGAGGUAGCAAUGGAUCUUGUGGAAUGAGCUCUGAUGCCUUUGGGAACAGGAACAUUCCUAACUUUAUAAGCCUUGGAAAUCACAUAUAAUGUCCAAGAAUGAAGAGUGGAGACAGAAGCGGCUUCCCCUUUACGAGAACCCCAAGGUAUAAGAAAUAACUGAGAGGAUUUUCUCCAAGCAGCUGAGCGUUCUAUAUACAUCAUCAAACAUCUCCUAAGAUCCAGCAUGUGACACCUUGACUCCUCAGGAGUAGAAGGAUGCUGAAAAUAGGCAGGCACGACAAUCUCCUGUUGGAGAUGGAAAGGUGUAACCACCUUGGUAAGAAAUUCAGGUCUCGGGCGGAGAAUGACCUUAUCAUCGAAGAAGGAAGUGUAAGGUUCCUCGGCUGAAAAAGCUCUGAUGUCAGACAUCCUUCUAGCUGAGACUAGAGCCAGCAAUAAUAGGUUCUUCAGAGAAAGCAUGUGCAUCUGAAUUUCGCCAAUAGGUUCGAAGGGAGGAUCUGUGAGAGCCUGAAGCACCAGAGGCAGAUUCCAAGGAGCCGCCAGUUGUCUAAUAGGAGGUCUAAUACAUAAAACAGCCUUGAAAAAGCGAACCACCAUAGAAUGAAGUGCCCAUCGAAUGUCAGAAAGAGCAGAGAUAGCUGAGCAGUGCACUUUAAGAGUGUUAAGACUAAGACCCUUCUCCAGGCCAGCUUGUAGGAAACCCAAGACUUGAGAGAUCGUAGGAGGACUUUGCACGGUUGAAUUUAAGCAUAUCGCAAAGGCUUCCCAAAUUCUGUUGUAGGUAGAGGAAGUGGAGAUCUUUCUGGAACCUAACAGGGUAGAGACCACCUGGUCAGAUAAACCCUGUUCCUUUAAGGAUUGCCUUUAAGCAGCCAUGCAUGAAUCCUGCGCUUGUAAGGUUCUGGAUGAAUCACUGGGCCUUGUGUCAGGAGAUCUUCUGUGACUGGAAUUUCCCAAGGUUCCUCUAUCGCCAACCUCUUCAGAAGAGGAAACCAAGGAUGUCCUGGUCAGAAGGGAAUUACAGUAAUCACUCUGCAACGUUCUCUGGAAAUCUUCCUCAGCACAGCAUGAAAGAGACGAAUGGGGGGGAAAAACAUACACCAGAUGAAAGGGCCAUUUCAUUGAAAGAGCAUCUUGAUCCAGUGCUUUCGGAUGGAAUUUUCUGGAUACAAAACAAGGGACUUGAGCAUUCUGAGCCAUCGCCAUGAGAUCCACUUGGUGAAGACCCCACCUCUGGACCAAUUGUUGAAACACAGGCCUUGAAAGAUGCCAUUCCGUGGCUUCCACCUGGUGUCUGCUGAGGAAGUCUGCUAACACAUUCUCCUUUCCUGGGAGAAAGACCGCACGCAGGCCUUCCACAUGUAUUUGUGCCCAGUUCAUGAUUGCGGUCACUUCUUUCAUCAGCGAGAUACUCCUGGUGCCUCCUUGAUGGUUGAGAUAGGCGGCAGCCGCCUUGUUGUCUACUCUUAAUUUCACCCAGGCUCCCUUUAUCUGGUGCUGAAAGUGGAGAAGAGCCAGAGAUGUCGCUCUCAACUCCCUUAUAUUUGAAGACAGGUUCUGAGCCCUCUGAGGCCAUUCUGCUUGGAUGAAAGAUUUUCCCAGAUGUGCUCCCCAUCCGUACUGACUGGCAUCUGUCGUGAUGACUAUCCAGUCGAUUUCUUUCACAGGAAAACCUCUGGAAAUGUUUUCCUCUUUCAGCUACCACCAAAGCUUCCUUUUCAGAUCGAGAGGAAUGUGAAUCUGUCUUUCCCAUUCCUCUGAGCUGGUACCUAGGAGCUUCAUAAACUCCCUUGCGGAAGCAGUUAUGAGGACAGGAAAAAGAAAGAGGUGUGAUGGCUGAUGGGGUUCUUAUUAUACCAGGGGAAGGUAUGCUUAAUUGUUUAAUUGUUUCCUGUCCUGAGAGUUAGAGGGAGGAGCUAAACCCAUAUGUUAAAUGCUGCCAUGAUUAGCCAGGAAAAAUGCAUUAGGCUUUAGUUAUUCUGGUGCCUAUAGUGUCACUUUAAAGCUUCUUCAUAAUGUAGAAAUAUAUAUACAUUGCAUAAUCAAACUUGAUCUUCACCAGGAUGUGGUAUGCCCAAUCGGGAGCCUCUGAUUCUGAUCCAUGGACACUAAACUAUGAAUAUGUUUAAACUUGCAAAGGGUUAACGCAGGAUGCAGGAUGCAUUAGUAGAUAUUAAAGCUCUCUAGGAACAACCUCUUACUGCUUGGAGUAAAGAUUUCUGGAAUGUGUGCACUCUGAAACAAAAAAAAUUUAACAAACCCCGAUCUGCCCCCACGAAAUCAAAGGGUAGAAGAAUAGUUUAAAAAUGGUAACUCAUUGAGGUAACUCAGGAGUAGCAUGUUAGUUGGCCACAUAUGAAUGGAAAAUAAAAACAAAUUGGAACCUAUUAAAAAGUUAGUGACCGGAGAUUAUUAACCUAUAUUAAUAUUGCCAAGAAUCAGAUACUGCAAAUUCUAUUUUAAACACAAGGUGGGGCUAUUAUAUAUUUUCUACAUCAGAUAUUAAAGGGAUAUUGUAGACACUGUAAAUGCUUCAUCUCGUUGAUUAAGUUAAAGUUUCUGGAGUCUCCAGGCACCAUUCUUCCAUUAAGUGUUUAUCAGUUUUUAAUGUAUUAAUACAAAAAAAGUGUCCUUAGCAGCCCAUCCUCUCCGCUGGGCAUCUGCUAAUAACAAAGCAUUACACAAAACAAGAUACACCUAGAAAAAACAAAAGCAGAGAACAUUGAUAGGGAAACACUGUUUAGAAAUGUCCCUGCUGUAAAUAUUGCACUCACAGAAUAAAGGAGUAAUUCAAACCCAUCAAGGUUUCUUUAGCUCUUGCAAUGAAAUUCCUCAAGGGUACAUGCAAAAAAAGGAGAACUGGACAUAGUGUGAAAUCUUAAUAAUAUAAAACACGCUUUUAUUGAAACACUUACAAGAAGUGGAAAAUAAAAAUGCCCAUCAAAGGUCUGUAUCCCUCUCUCCAGAGUGGUAAAUGGAAGAAGCAGGUAACAGGAAUUGCAGGCAAAAAUCAACACAGCUCUACGCGUUUCGUCUAUACAAUAGACUUCAUCAGGAGAGGUAAUAAUAAAACAUAUAAUACAAUCAAGUAAAAUACAUCAAUAAAAGUCCUAUGUCUUCUGUCUUCUUUUAAAAGUCCCUCUCGUCGUAUUCCACGCCCUGUCCACCAAUCCGUGUGCUCCAUAACACGUGUUCUGAGUGCUCUCGCGUCCAAUUCCAUAUAUGGACUUCCGCCUAGUUAAUGUGGAACGCACAUGCAUUCCACCGAUCCGGAAGAGAUCUUCCUUCUCUACGCGUCCCUCUCAAUGCGUCAUCUAUCGGCGGCUGGAACGCAUAUGCGUUCCACUCAAGCAACUCGCGGCACCAGACGAAAAAAAAAAAGGAAAAAGAAAAAUAGGGAGCGAAGAAAUACAAAAAUAUGUAUAAAUAUGUAUCAAAUAAUAGUUACAACAUGUAUAAACAUACUAAGCCCACAUAUAUCCAAACGAAAUUGUUUGUAAAGACCAAUGUGUAUAAAAAUGCCUAAAGAGUUCCAUUCUACAAACACAAUAACUAUCAACAUACAGAAACACAUUAGUAGGCUGGCAAAUGUUGAGAUUUCAAUCCAUGUCAGCAAUCAAGACAAAAACAGUUAUCACACCACAAAACAAUAUGGAUAACGUAUGUCCUCGAUGGGUUUGAAUUACUCCUUUAUUCUGUGAGUGCAAUAUUUACAGCAGGGACAUUCCUACUAAACGGUGUUUCCCUAUGAAUGUUCUCUGCUUUUGUUUUUUUCUAGGUGUAUCUUGUUUUGUUUAUUUGGGAUUUGAGGAAUCCUUUGUUACAGCCUAGAUCUAAAGGGAAGUAAUUAAUGUUUAUCCUUAAUAUAUUGCUGCACUUGGGUGGUCUUUUGAUUUAUCCAAAUAACAAAGCAUUAGCCUGUGCAGCAGUGGGUGGCUGUGAUUGGCUGAGAGUGUCAGCAGACUUCUUUCAGCCUGUUUCAGCAUUCAUUGAUGGCAUCAUUUUGUAUGGCUAGAAGGAAGUGUCUAAUCUCUGCCCUGUCCAUUCUUCUAGUAGAUACCAGGUUGUGGGCAGCCAAGGAGCCUUAUAUAGUGUUAAACUGCUGGAAAAUGGUGGUUUAACACUGAAUUGAGGGACAUUGCUAGAGGACUCCAGAUGCUAUAUAGCUAAUUUAAUCAGAUUGCAUGAUUCUAGUGCCUAAAGUGUCCCUUUAAUGAUGUUAAUGAUGAAUAGUUAGCAAUAGUUAGAUUCUUUUUAUUAUUUGAAUUGAAAGGGACUCUCCAGUUCCAGGAAAACAAAUCAGUUUUCCUGGCACUGCAGAAUCCUCCAGUGCUCCCCUCCUUCCCAUCCCCCAUCUCAUGUUUCUGAAGGGGUUAAAACCCCAUUCAGUGACUUAUCUGAAUCCAGCGCCGAUGUCCCUCAGUGCUGGGUCAGGCUCUGCCCACGCUUCUCCCCUGCCAACGUCAGCCGGCGGGGGAGACCUAAUGCACAUGCUGGAGGUCCUCAUGCAUAGCGUGAGGACGUCCACCAUCGUAUGACACACUUUUCAUGUUUUAAGAAGCCGGAAGUCCCUCUAGUGGCUGUCUAAUAGACAGCCACUAGACGAGGACUUAACCCUGCAAGGUAAAUAUUGCAGUUUAUAAAAACUGCAAUAAUUACACUUGUAGGGUUAAGGGUGAUGGGAGUUGGCACCAGACCACUCCAAUGGGCAGAAGAGGUCUGAGUGCCUGGAGUGUCCCUUUAAUGGGAAAAAUAAAACCAAAUUUAAGUUGAACCAGGUUAUCACUACAGUAAAUCAAAUUAUUCUCAAGCUGAGGACAAACAUAUAAAGAAUUUAACUGACGAAUAAAUAUCACUAUGUUAGAAAUCAAUAAAUACAUAUAUACAUACAUACUUACAUAAAAACAGUAUGGUUCAGAAUUCAAAUCCAAACUUAUGCACCAAAGCCCUCUAUUUUGUGUGCCUGUUUGUGUAUUUCUAACAAUCAAUUUGUCCAUCCAUCUGAUAGAUCAGUCUUUCCAUCUAUCUCACCAUCUCUCUAUCUACCUAGAUAUCUGUAUUUCCGUCCAUUUUUAACCCCUUAAGGACACAUGACAUGUCUGACAUGUCAUGAUUCCCUUUUAUUCCAGAAGUUUGGUCCUUAAGGGGUUAAGUUUGAUGUAUUUGUUUGUUUGUAUUUGUCUGUCUGCCGGACUAUGUAACUAUAUUGUCAUUUUGUCUGUCCUGUCUGCCUGUCUAUUAACCAGUAUGUCUACCUGUAUUUCUUUCUAAUUUGAUUGUAAAGCAAAAAAGUUGCAAUUAAGGCAAAAAAAUUAAAAAAACAGCUUGUUAAGUUAUUUUUUGUGAAUUACUUUUGUUUUCCAGCCCAAUGUCUCAGUAAUUAGAUUAUUAUGUUAACUUUUUUUUUUCUUUCUUUUUACAGGAGGUCAGGAAGGUAAAGAAGCUUAUUAUGGUUGUGGGACCCGCAUUCUAUGUGAUAUUAGUUCCUUUUAUGUCUCAGGGGGUGGUGUAACCGUAGGUCUGGAAUUUACUUGCAAUAGUGGUGAAACCAUCACCCGUUCUGGAAUGAAAUUCACUAUAGCGGCUUCACUUUUGCUGAUUAAAUCUUUUUUUGUACAAUGGUAAAGAAAUUUAGCUAUUCAGUAGAUGUGCAGGAACAUAUAAUAUUGCCUAGCGUUAUGGCUAAUAUCAGCUAUGUUUGCAAUACCAAUUCUGAGUUACCAACAUUUGACUAAUAUAUAGAAUAAUAUAUAUCUGGAUUAACACAAAUUGACUAUAUUUAAAAGAAGAAAAACUACCACAACAAGAGGACAUUGUCUUAAAUUAGAGGGACAAAGAUUUAAAAAUAAUAUCAGGAAGUAUUACUUUACUGAGAGGGUAGUGGAUGCAUGGAAUAGCCUUCCAGCUGAAGUGGUAGAGGUUAACGCAGUAAAGGAGUUUAAGCAUGUGUGGGAUAGGCAUAAGGCUAUCCUAACUAUAAGAUAAGACUAGGGACUAAUGAAAGUAUUUAGAAAAUUGGGCAGACUAGAUGGGCCGAAUGGUUCUUAUCUGCCGUCACAUUCUAUGUUUCUAUGUUUCUAUGUUUCUAUUAGAGAGUUUAAUUUUAGAAUGAUUAACUGUAAUGGAUUACUGUCAAUAACGCUACAAUAAAUCUUUGUUCUUUUUGAAUGUGGCACUUGAUCUCUCGGUCUUGUUCCUGCCUUGGUGCAAAGCAUAAAUUCUGUGUAAUAGAAUUUCCAGAAAGAGUACACUGAGAAGGACUUUGAAACUGAAAUACUUGCUUGUAUUAGUUCAGUGUAAAACACCAAUCAAUCAUGUCAAUGUUUCAGUCCACCAACAGUCUUGAAAAUAUAUGUAAACACAAAUGAAUAAGUCAAUCAUUGAUUUCUUUGUUGUUGUAUGAAUGCAAAUAAAAUGUAAUUAUAAAAAAAUGAUUGUUGAUCUAUUGUAAUAAGCAGAAAUCCAUAAUAUAUUAGCA